AGAGGCGGCGCAGACUGGAGCCCACCCAACUCCGGUUUCCCUUUCCCCCGCCCUCCGGCCCUCUCUAAACUUGUCCUGUCCUGUCCUGUCCAGCCUCCCCCCACCCCUCUCCCCGUCCUUCACCCCAGCCAUCCUCCUCCUCUGUGAGUGUGCGUGCGCCCCAUCCACUCGCUAAUUGAAGAGCUGGGAUUCCUCACGUGAGAAGUUGAUUUGUAGUUUGAACACGUGGCUCAUUCAAAAAGCCGGAAUAUUCAAACGAGGGUUGCAGCCCGCGGUGCGCGCCUCCCCGAGCCGCCAGGAAGAUGAACAAGCUCUACAUCGGCAACCUCGGCGAGAACGUCAGCCCUCUCGACCUGGAAAGUCUCUUUAAGGACUCCAAGAUACCCUUCUCGGGCCAGUUCCUGGUGAAGACGGGGUACGCCUUCGUGGACUGCCCCGACGAGAGCUGGGCCAUGAAGGCCAUCGAGGCACUUUCAGGUAAAGUGGAGCUGCAUGGGAAACUCAUAGAAGUUGAACAUUCGGUCCCGAAAAGACAAAGGAGUCGGAAGCUUCAGAUCAGGAAUAUCCCGCCUCACUUGCAGUGGGAGGUGCUGGAUAGUUUGUUAGCUCAGUAUGGAACUGUGGAGAACUGUGAGCAAGUGAACACUGACACGGAGACUGCAGUUGUAAAUGUAACAUAUGGCAAUAAGGACCAGGCUAGACAAGCAAUAGAAAAACUGAAUGGGUUUCAGCUUGAAAACUAUUCCUUGAAAGUUGCAUACAUCCCUGAUGAGAUGGCGGCCCAGCAACCUCCACAACAACAUCCCCAGGGAAGACGUGGAUUUGGACAAAGGGGUCCUCCGAGGCAAGGGUCACCCGGUGCAACCACACGGCAGAAACCACAGUCAGACGUUCCUCUGCGGAUGCUGGUUCCCACACAGUUUGUAGGAGCCAUUAUCGGGAAAGAAGGAGCAACAAUCAGAAACAUUACAAAGCAGACACAGUCCAAAAUUGAUAUUCAUCGUAAAGAGAAUGCAGGUGCUGCUGAGAAACCAAUUACCAUCCACUCAACUCCUGAAGGCUGCUCAACAGCUUGUAAAAUUAUUAUGGAGAUCAUGCAAAAGGAAGCUCAAGAUACUAAAUUUACAGAAGAAAUUCCCUUGAAGAUACUGGCACAUAACAACUUUGUUGGCCGACUUAUUGGCAAAGAAGGAAGAAACCUGAAGAAAAUUGAACAGGACACAGAUACUAAGAUCACGAUAUCGCCAUUGCAGGACUUGACACUCUAUAAUCCGGAAAGGACCAUUACAGUUAAAGGCAGUAUUGAAACUUGUGCCAAGGCUGAGGAAGAAAUUAUGAAGAAAAUCAGGGAGUCCUAUGAAAAUGAUAUUGCUGCUAUGAAUCUUCAAGCACAUUUAAUUCCUGGAUUAAAUCUGAAUGCCUUGGGUCUGUUCCCACCUUCUUCUUCAGGAAUACCACCUCCCGCAGUGAGUGUUGCCUCCGCUGCUGCUGCUGCUUCGUAUCCACCAUUUGGGCAACAGCCCGAGUCUGAGACUGUUCAUCUGUUCAUCCCAGCCUUGGCAGUUGGAGCUAUUAUUGGCAAGCAGGGACAGCACAUCAAACAACUUUCUCGUUUUGCAGGCGCAUCUAUUAAGAUUGCCCCUGCUGAAGGACCAGAUGCUAAGCUGAGAAUGGUUAUCAUCACUGGACCUCCAGAAGCUCAGUUCAAGGCUCAAGGGAGAAUCUAUGGAAAACUUAAAGAAGAAAAUUUCUUUGGACCUAAAGAAGAAGUGAAACUUGAGGCUCAUAUAAAAGUGCCAUCCUAUGCUGCUGGUAGAGUUAUUGGUAAAGGAGGCAAAACAGUAAAUGAGCUUCAAAACUUGACAAGUGCAGAAGUUGUAGUCCCUCGUGACCAGACACCUGAUGAAAAUGAUCAGGUGGUUGUGAAAAUAACUGGUCACUUCUAUGCAUGCCAGCUUGCUCAGAGAAAAAUUCAGGAAAUACUGGCUCAGGUAAGAAGGCAGCAGCAACAGCAAAAAACAUUGCAAAGCGGACAGCCUCAGCCAAGACGGAAAUAAAGGUUUAGGAAAUGGCCCAUCAGAGACAGAUGCCAGACCAAAGACAGACUGUGCGACGAGAGACGGGUGGUGAGCACCUGUUGAAGAUUUAUGCAGAAGAUCCACCAAGCCAAUCACCUGUUCGAGGACCAGGCAACCGUUGAACGCUGUCUCUGAGAAUGUAUUCUUUAGGCUCUCUCAAACUUUUGAAACCCAGCUUUAAAAUAAGGACCCCUUCACUUCCCUUUUGUUCUAUUCUCACAAUUUAACAUAAACUCGUUAGUCUUUUUUAUUGUUCUUAUUAUUCCCCAACAAUUUUAGAACUUGGUUUAAUGAAGCUUUCUCUUCUGAGUUCACUGGUUAAAAAAAAAAAGAAAAGAAAAAAACCAACAAAAAAAACAAAGAAAAGGCAUUGCUCUUAUAGGUCCAGUUGUAAAAGAAGAAACACAUUUGGAGGGUGGGAUUGCGGGUGGGCUAGGGUUAGAGCAAGGGUAUUGACAAGAGUUUAAGUGUUAGUCCCAAUGUUGAAACAAGUGGCAUUUUUUAAAAAGAAUUUGGUUGCAUUUUUACAUAACACUGCCAUGAAUAACCUAAGGGAAGUGUUGAAUGGUGUUGGCCAGGGCAUAAAAAGAUAAAUAUGCAUUUUACUAAACUACCUCAGGCAUUUAGUACCUCAAUGAGAAAUUGUUCCUUUUUUGCUUUUUUUUUUUGGUAUUUUGUAUACUUUAUAAAGCUAAUAGUUCUUGAGCAUUUUAUUUUUUUAAAAAAAAUUAAAAUUUGAUCAGCCACCAGCCAGGAGUACUACAGACUUAUCGGGGAAAAAUAUAGUAGAGCACUUCUAGCUGCUGGCUGAUGGGAGUAAGGUGGGUAAAAAAAACACAGCCUCAGAUUUCCUGAGGGCUUCAACACCAUCAUUUGUUUAAAAAAAAAAUUCAGUGAAUGUUCAAAAGAUAGUGAAUGAUGCCAACAUUCUGAUAGCAGCAAUGCCGUUUAGUUUUCUUUUAAGAUGGGAUGAAAAAGUUUGUGACGGUACUUUUUUGGGAACAGGACAAGGAAGUGAUGGCAAGAGGCUGGGGUUGGGGGAAAAAUUUAGAAGGCUGCAAGAGGCUGAAUUUUUUUUUUUGUGCUACUUGAUUGAAUGCAUGAACCCUUUGUGCCUUUGACCAUCACUACCUAAUAAUGCUACAUUUAACCAUUUGCAGCCCAUUUGGACUUUGCCAUUUUGUUCAAAGAGCAAGCUUCAUCUUCAGUUUGAUAGAACACUUGAUCUGCUGGAGCAUUUUUGAGGCCAGGAGGGUCUCUGCUGUCUGCAGAUCACAUCAUACUGCUUUCAGUUACCACGAUGGGGGAAGGUCAAACAGUGUUUGAUCACAUUGAAAGAUAAUGAAAGGCUAAGUUUACAUAUCCAGCCGCUGUUAUGGGCCACACUAAGCCACUUUGAAGGUUUUGAAAAUGAUUACAA